AGAUUAGCACAGGCAGGAGAGUUGAAGUCUCUUUCUUCAUCUCCACCAGGACAGAAGAACUCCACGGACAUCAGGAAAUCAGUACUUCAGUCUUCCUCAGGAUGCCUGAUCCAGGUAUUUUCUCCACUGUACUCAGCAAGUUGCCAGUUUCAAGAUCUUGUUCAGUCCUCUGAAGCAGAUUUCUACUGCAUGCCUUGGAUAGAUGCUUCUAAUCAGCUUACAAGCUCUCCUUGACCUACGCUUCCUUUCCUAAUGCUGAUCUGACUAUGGCUGUCCUCAAAGUAAAAUUCACCAAAACUAAGAGGGACAAAUUGGCUCAGAUCUUAUGGAUCCUCAACUGGGUUUCUGUAGUGAGCGGGAUCAUUCUCUUCAGUCUUGGCCUCUUUCUGAAAAUAGAGAUCAAGAAGCGCAACGAAGUGAUGGCAAAAGGGGAUGUUAACUCUGUCCCCAACAUGCUGAUCUCUGUAGGGGUCAUAGCAUGUAUCAUCAACUUUCUGGGUGGCAAAAUCUGCUAUGACUGCUCAGAUACCAAUAAGUUCUCUCGCUGGAAACUAGUUAUGCUCCCAUACAUCGUGUGCACCUUCUGUUUUACCUUCUGCAUCCUGGUGGGUGCUCUCAUGUGCUAUACCAUGAGGAACGAGCUGGAAGAGUCUCUCUAUCUGGGACUGAGGGAUGCUAUUAAGUUCUAUAAGGACACAGACAUACCUGGACGAUGUUUCUUAAAGAGAACAGUGGAUAUGUUACAAAUUGGAUUCCAGUGCUGUGGAAACAAUGGCUUUAGAGACUGGUUUGAAAUUCAGUGGGUAUCUCAUCGUUACCUGAAUAUGGCUUCCAAGGAAGUUCUGGACCGCCUGAAGAGCAACGUUGAUGGGAAGUUCUUGGUAGAUGGAGUACCCUUCAGCUGCUGCAACCCAAGCUCCCCCCGGCCCUGUAUCCAGUACCAGCUGACAAACAACAGCGCUCACUACAACUAUGAUUUUCUGACUGAGGAGCUCAAUAUCUGGGUGAGGGGGUGCAGAGAGGCCCUGCUGGAGUACUACACGGUCAUUAUGAGAUCCAUUGGUGCUACAGCAUUGCUUAUUUGGUUGUUUGAGCUCUCCGUACUUAUUGGUGUCCGGUACCUACAAACAGCAAUGAAGAACGUCCUCCUGCUAGGAGAUUUGGAGGGAGAGUCAGAUGGUUGGUUACUAGAAAACAGCUUUGUGGAAACUGCCAAAUACAACAUCAAUAUCAUCAAGAACCUCGGCAAAGCCAACCAGAUCUCCACUGUCUCAGGCAUGAACAACCCCAACAUCGAUGUUCAAAACACAAACUGUGGCAAAACCAAUGUUACAACAAAAUCUAUCCCAGCAGCUAGCUAG